AUGAGUGCUCCUUCUGAAAGUGGAUAUGCAUACUUAACUGAGGAAGUUAUCGAGCAAUUUUCUGGCUCUGGAUCGGAAAAUUUGAUUCAGUUUUUGCAAGCAUCAGACCAGACAAAGGAACAGCUUGAAGAAAUUAGCUCCUUAAUUUUCACAGAACUUCUUCUUGUAUAUGAAGAGAAGAAAUUGUCAGUUGAUGAGGUUGUUCAGUUUUUAGUCUUAGCAAUAAGUGAUGAAUCCUUUGCCGUUAUCUUUUGUGAGGUUCUAGAUGUUUUUCCAUUAUCAGAACCUGUUCAAAAUCUUUUACUUGAAAUAUAUAAGAGACAAAGUAUUAUAAAAUAUUCCACUCUCGCAAGGUAUAUUGAUGCUGAAAGCUUGUCGAAACUGUCUAUUGUGCCAACCGAUGUACUCAACAGACAAUUGAAUACGCGUAAGAGAGAUGACUUUUAUACUCAGAAGAAAUAUAAUUUACUCCAUGAAGAAAUAGAAGGUUUCUCUAAAUUGAUCAUUGAACUCUAUUCUAUAUUUAGAAGGGAUGAAAGCUCGUAUCAAGUCGAUUAUGCUUUAGAAAUAGUGGAGAACUUAAUAGGUCACUAUAGUUUAGACCCUAACCGUGUGCUUGAUAUAAUACUUGAUAUAUUCAGUAAUAACUUUGUUAGUAAUCAUGAAUUUUCGAUUAAUUUUUUGAAAAAAUCGCGAUGGUGGCCAGAAGUUGAAAGUGAUUGUUUUACUUCAAUACAGAGUCUAGGAAAAGGAGGAAACGAAUCAGCAGCCAAAUGUAUUGGCUUAAAACUCAUGAAAUGCCCACAAGAUAGAGAUUUACCCGAAACGUAUAAAAUCAUGAUUGCCUGUCUUAUGAAAGAGGGAUUUCUUAGUUUCGGAUCUAUUUGGAAGUAUGCCAGACCCAAUGACGAAGAAAUGAAAGACAUUGAAGCACUCUACAAAAAAGAGCUUGAUGAACAAGUAUUCAAGGCAAGUGCAAGUGCUUUAGCUUUAGCUGCACCACUAGCCGAUGAUGAGGACAAUAAAUCCAAUUCUGAAAAGCUGACCACCUCUAUGACCAGAAAAGACACUAAUAAAGAUAAGACUGUUGCGGAGAGAAUACAAUAUAACUUCAAAUAUCAACUUUUGAGGGUGUUUCUAGGUAAUGGGCUAUAUUGGCCAUCAAUUUAUAUUUUGACAGAAUAUAGCUUCUUGGCAUUUGUCAGUCCUGACAUGCACGAGCUAAUUGCCAGAAUGUUUUCUUGUAUGAUAGAACCUUUAUACAAAAAAAUUGCUCCUUUCAGUGAUGAAGAUUUUGCCAAACUACAAAAGGGUAGACCAGUAACAUUUGCUAAACCACUAAACACAGUCAAACUCGAAGAAUUUCAAAGUGUUGAAUAUUUAAGUUUCAAACCAACCAUUAAGAGCUUUAGCCAAAAGAAGUUUCGCUAUUUCUAUAGCGACUGGACUAAGAAAUUACCUUUAGUAAAUACAGUGGAUGAGUUAUUCAAGGUUUCCAAAGAUUUUCUUAAAUUCAUCGGAACAAAUUUAUCCCAGAAUCUUGAACUUUUCUCGAAGAUUUGUGAUAUAGGGGUAUGGGAUUUGCAAAAUGAUUCCUCCGACACUAGGACUUCAGAAUGGUUUGCUUACUUCAGAAACUUUUUACUUCCUACAAUUCCAUUGAUUAAAGAAAACUCUUUUGCAGUAGACAGGGCCUAUGAAAUAUUGAAAUUCUUCACAACAGAAGAAAAAUUCAACUUAUAUAGUGAAUUACAUCAAGUUUUGGGUAAAAAUAAUCCCCACAUAAAAAUGGCACAAGGAAAAGCAGAAAAGGCCACUAAAGAUGUUUUAAAGAGAUUAUCCAAAGAGAAUGUUCGUCCAAUGAUGCGUAGGUUAGCAAAAAUUAGUUUUUCAAAUCCUCUACCUUGUUUCUUAACAAUACUCCAGCAAAUUGAGAGUUAUGACAACUUAAAUACGUUGGUGGUAGAAACAGCAAGAUAUUUUAAUCAAUACGGUUGGGAUGUGCUCACGUUAGCAAUAUUGUUAAGGUUGACCGCUUCGGGAAGAUCAAAUAUUCAGAAUGAUGGAUUGAAUGAACGCCAGUGGAUUCAAUCCUUAGCUUCUUUUAUUGGUAAGUUGUGCCAACGUUACCCUAAAUCAGUUGACUUGAAGACAUUAUUCCAAUAUUUAUUAAAGUCGUUUCAUAAAGGAGAAACAUCGAGUAUCAUUGUUUUAAGAGAAAUAUUGAUUUCUAUGGGUGGUAUUCAAACAAUUGCUAACCUCACUCUUCAGCAAAUCAACAUGAUAAAUUGUGGGUCCUCACUACAAAAGAUGGUUUAUAGAACCAUUGAUGAUGUGAGGUUCGAAAGAUUUAGAUCUGGUAAUGUCUUGACUAAUUUGUUGAACAAUAUUGGAGUUGUAAAUGAAUUAUUAGUUCUUCUUUGUAAUUUGGGAGAUGUCAUAGUCUAUUCUUCGGAACAUUCACAUUUAAAGGUAUUAGCUAAUAAAAAUGACGAGUUAAAUUCACUUCUCCAUUUAUUUACUCAACAUAUUGGUUUCUUUAGUGAUUAUCUCGAUUUAAAGAAGUCAUUGCUCCCUUUGACAGAAUUGGUAUCUAAUUAUGGUGUACCUAUUGAGUGGGCGUUUGAAAUAUGGCGCCCAUUUUUAAGCAAAGCCAUUCAACCUUCCGAAAACGUAGAUCAAGACGCCCAAAUAAUACUCAAGGAUCUUAAGGACCAAAUUUCAAAAUUACAAAAUGAUGACGUUUGGAAAUAUUUUUCACCUGAUUUCUAUGCAACAUUUUGGCAACUUUCAUUAUAUGAUAUCAACUUUUCGGAAGAAUUAUAUGACACAGAGAUUGAAAGAUUAAAUUCUACAAAAAAUGGCCUUGUUGAUACAAUAAAUAUAAGUAAAAAGGAUCGUGAUGUCUCCAGAUCUACAAUAGAAAAUUAUAGAAAAGAACUUUCUCAAAAUGAAGUUUUCAUAAAAGAUUUACCCCAAGAAAAAGAAUCUCAUAAAAAACACAACGAUUUUGUUAUGGAGACCCUUGGCAAUGAGUCUAGCAAUUGGCUCCAUAAAACUGACGAUAGUGAUUUGCAAGCAAAAACAUUCAUUCAAUAUUGUGUUCUUCCAAGAGCUAUUCAUUCAUCAUUCGAUGCUGCUUACACUGCUAAAUUUUUGUUCAAGCUUCAUGAUCUCGAAACUAGUAAUUUCUCGAUUAUCAACAUUUUGGACAGUUUAGUGAAUAGUGAAAUUCUUUUUGGAACUUUGUUCACUCUUACCCCAACCGAAGCUGAAAACUUGGGAUUGUUUUUUGCUGAUAUUUUGAGAUCUUUAAAUGAUUGGACCGACCAAACCGUCUUUGAGAAAAUUAAUGAUAUUACUGUGAUCCUGGAAACUAUAAGUACCUUAUCAUUUGAUGAAUACCGUUUGAAAUUAUAUCAGUACCACUCUACUAUCUUGAAUGAUGUUAGUCGUGCAUUGACUGUUGAAGAUUACAUGUGUCGUCGUAAUGCAAUUACAUUUAUGAAAAAUUUACUUGGUGUUUAUCCUACUGUGGAGGACCAUUGCGAAAGAAUUGUGGAAUUAAUAGAAAAAAUUGCUCUUAAGGAGCACCGUGAAGACUUGAAAUUAUCUUCCAGUGCUUUAAUUGGUCAUUUUAAAUCUAGGUCGAAGGACUGGGUCCACCUAUGGGACUUUAUUCCUUUAUCUGACUCCGAAAAAGAAGAACAUGCAGGUAAAAGAAAGGCCAUUCAAGAUAAAAUUGCUGAAACAAAAAAGAAGAAAGAGGAAGAAGCCAGACAAAAGGAACUUAAAGCUAAGCAAGAAGCAGAAAAUAACAAACAAAAGAAAUUGGCUUCGGUUAUAAGCUAUGAUGAAUCAGCUAGCACAAAUAAAAGAAUUGAUUCGAGGGGAUCAGAUGCCUCAAAAGGAAGAUAUGAUUACUAUUCCAAAUAUGAUCUGGCAAAAGCAUCCAAUGAUGAUAAAACCGAGGGAUCCAAUGAUGACAAGACUAUUUCGAAAUCUUCGAAAGAUUCUACUGAGAAUAAAUCUUCAAAGACCGAAUUAGAAAAAACUAUUAGUGAAAAAGAUAAGUCACCAGAAGGAACGGACAAAACUCAAGAAGCAAAAAACACCAAGUCUAAUGAUUUGAAAUCCAGGCUCAAAGAGGCUAAGAAAGAAUACGAAGAAACCAAAUCAAGAGAUUUUACUCCAUCUUCUAAAGCAUCUACUCCCGUCGAAAAUGAAACUAAGAAAGAACAGGCUACAGGAAUCCCUCUGGCACCUAAGAAUGCUACCCUUCCAGCAUUUCCAAGAGAGACCGCCCCCAGAACACGAACACCUUUGGCCCCACAGCCAUCCACCAAGAAGGAUUUGUUUUAUAACGAUAAUGGCCAACAUGGAAGAAGACCUAACGAUAGAACAUCGUAUAAUAACCAGAAUAAUCGAUAUAAUAAUCAAAGAAAUAUUCCUACUCCACCUACCAGACCGACAAACAAUCUGGGAUAUAAUUCACAAAAUCAAGGGGGACGAACCGGACAGAGAAUGUCAUUACCACCCCCACCCCCACCACCUAUUAGCUUAAAAAACUCUUCAUCUCAACAAUCACAGAAUCAAAUGAAUAGAGCUCCGCAACAACCACAAAAUCAAAUGAAUAGAGCUCCACAACAACAAUCAAGAAAUGAUAAUCACCAUAGAGGCUCUUAUAGAUACGAUGGUAAAAGAAAACAUGAUAAUUAUGGGAAUGGUAGAGGUUACGAUAAGAAACAGAGAUAUUGA